AUGUGUAUAGGCCUAUCUGUCGCUUCACUCAUACGGGCAAUUGUUCCUGUAUCCUUGGGUUACACCACAGCAGUCAACCACUCUAAAACAGGAGAACUGGUGACCAUGGCAGAAGGAAUGGCAAGGAAGAUAAAGUCUGCAAGUGGAGCAAAUUACACCAUUAGUGGCAAUACAGGCAUAUUCCUGAUAGCAGGAGCCUCAGACGACUGGGUGGCGAGCCUGGGCGUGCCCUUCGUAUACACCAUGGAGCUCAGGGACACAGGGAAUUCAGCCUUCCAUCUUCCUGAAGAGCUGAUCGCCUCAACGGGAGAAGACCUCUGGGCAGCCAUGAAAUAUCUUGGAAGGCAACUUGAGAAGAAGAAGAAACGCAAGAGGAACUAAUGGGAGUUCUCUGGAGAAAGAGCAACUAGGGGAACAAAGCCUCUAUUUCCGUCUUGUGGAUUAUGUAUUUUAUUUGGAAAGGUCAGCACACACACACCACACACACACACACACACACACACACAACACACACACACACCACACACCACACACACACCUGAGUAUGAGUAUAUGCAUCCGGUAGUGGGAUUUUGGUCCUGAGGAAUAUGAAGUCACGUCUUAGCCGCUAUUGGUCCCAGGCCCACUUCGACCCAGAGUGGAACACCUGUUAGGGUCCUCCCAUCUAUGAGAUAAAUAGAAAUAUAAGGGUAGAGAAGACUCUUUAGCCUGGCUGGCAGCUCUUCUUGAGACUGUGUCUCAAUAAAAA